GGAGGCGGACAGUGAUGAAAUUCUAUUAUCACUCAAGCACUGAAAGAGUCGCUGGCAGGACGCACAGAGAGUUCAGCUCGGACCUGUUUCGCUUUUAAGGCAAACUAACGUCAUUUCAGAACUUGUUGAUAGUCUUUAGGCGUUUACAAACACUUUGGCUGUAGCUACAAUCAGCUCGCUCUCGUCUUUUGGACUUAUGUGUCCAGAGCGCAACGCGUAGACAUUCACCUUCGCGGACACUGAAAGUCAGUGGAUUUGAUUUUAAGUUAGUCAGUAGUUUACGGUGAUACUUCAGUAUCACCACUAACCUCUGUGGUCAGCCAUGUACAGCAUGCUGGAACACGACAUGAAAUCCGCCGUGCCACCGACGCACCAAAGCGCGCAGGGAAUGACCCAGCUGAACGGUGGAGUGACGCACGGAGCCGCUAAACCGGCUGUCAACAACCUACAACAGAGUAGCGAUCCUAUGGACAAAGUUAAGAGGCCCAUGAACGCGUUUAUGGUUUGGUCUCGGGGUCAGAGGCGCAAAAUGGCACAGGAGAACCCCAAGAUGCACAACUCUGAGAUCAGCAAGCGCCUGGGCGCCGAGUGGAAGCUGCUGACGGACGCGGAGAAACGCCCGUUUAUUGACGAGGCCAAGCGGCUCCGCGCACUGCACAUGAAGGAAUACCCAGAUUACAAAUACAAACCCCGACGCAAGACGAAACCCGUGCUGAAGAAGGACAACCCGGCUGCUAAGUAUCCCCUAUCAGCCGGCAACUUGCUGGCGGCAGCCGCGGCUCAGGGAUCAGGUGGAAGCCCGCGGAUGGACAGCUAUGGCUGGGGUCACACAGGUGGCUACACUGGCAUGCAGACGGAUGCGCUGGGCUACAGUCAGCAGCUGCACCGCUACGAUCUGUCCGCCCUCCAGUAUCCAUCCGCCAUGGCCACCGCACAGACUUACAUGAAUGGUGCCAACUCCUACAGCCCCAUGUCCUACAGCAGCACUCCCCAGCAGCCCAGCCCGGUCAUGUCCAUGGUGAAACCAGACCAGGUGUCUCACUCUCCCACCGGAGCCCACAGCCACCAGCGGGGUCCUUUACAAGGAGACCUGAGGGACAUGAUUAGCAUGUAUAUCCCAGGUGGAGACACCACAGACAGUGGAGCACAGAGGGGCUAUUCCAACAUCCAACAGCAUUACCUCACCGGUACAGCACCUCUCACUCACAUCUGAUCAGGAAACUGUUAUUACACCUUCCUGUUUCGGGUCUGGAGGCCCACCGAUGUUGGUUGUAGAUGUGUGAACAUUAACUUGAUAUGUAAAAAAGGAUGAGGGUGUGUGGACACAUGGCCGAACUGGAAUCCCAAGGCAGCUGGACUUCUGGCCUUGUUGAAGUGCCUCAGAUUAUUGUGUGGAAUGUGUCACCCCUUUCUGUCACCUUUUUUUCUUUUUUUUUUUUUUUGAGGUCCAUGUCUUUGUUUUCUGCAUAAUGUUUGAUGAUUAUGUCAUUGGGGCCUGGUGCACUGUUGUUGGAAUCGCUCAUGGUAGUAACACGGCACAUUUAAUUUUUUUGUAAUCGACUAGCCAAAUGGUUGAUUACUGCUUAUUAUUUGCAUAGUCAACCAGCUAGUUUAAUAUCUCACCGACUACUGACUUUAAAGGCAUGGCUGUAAAUGCUAAACAGGGAAAGAAGGGAACGGAGCACACAUUCCCUCAGUCGCUGCUUGUCCUGAUGAUCGAAACACCUCAAGAUGAAUCUCCCAAGUUUUACUUUUAAGCUUUCAUACCAUAAGACUUUGUAACAUUGUGCUGCUCUUCAUUGUUUUAGGUAAUGCAAAAAUAUGAAAUGCACAACGGUUUAGACAUUUUUGUUAGUGUAGAUAUAUGCCCUGAGCUUCAACAGAUUUUUGUCGCAUUAAAAAGUGAAAAUGAAAUAGAGAUCCCGCUUAGAGGGAUUUGACUGUAUUUUCUAUUAAAAAAAAGAACAAUUAAUUCUCAACUCCUUUGAGAAAUAGAACAUUGUGAAUAGAAGUGUUUUUUGUGUAAAAAAAAAAGGGAGAGUCAAAACGUUUUGAAUAAUGUUCAUUAAAAACGAAAACUUUAUGAGCUUGUUAAAAGACUGUUUGACUGAGAAUGUAUUGUUGUGAAAUGUUUUUUUUUUUUUUUUACUUUUAAGCCCUUAUAGUAAGGGUUAAUAAUCUUGUACGUGACUUGACAACCUUGAUAGA